CGGCGCCCCGCGCGCUCCCUCCGGGCGGUAGGGGGCGCGCACCGCGGAGCCUCGGCGAGGUCGGCUCCUCGCGGGGUCUGUGCGGCCUGUGUGACCAGAAGGAAGAUGGAGCCGAGAGCCGAGCCUGAGGGGCGGCCCUGACCGUUCUGACCGAGGUCCUGCCCCCUUUCGCCGCCGGGAGCCUCCUUCCUCUCCGGACUAGAGCGCUCGAGCUCCCCAGUGGCCUGGGCCCCGAGAGUGGAAAUGGUCGCCGAGGCCCAGGGCGUGGGGCUUCCGCGCGCCCCGUGACGGGAACUGGGGAGCCUCGAGGGAGCCCCGCAACUCCAGGCGCGAAAACCCCCGCAUGGUGAGGAGCAGCUGUGUUCAGUGGCCGUUAGCAAUAGACACCUGUGGUCACAGGCCUGCAGCACUUUUUCUACACCGAUCCAGGCAAAUGUGCAAUACCAACAUGUCUGUAUCUACUGAUGUAGCCACCUCACAGAUCCCAGCUUCGGAACAAGAGACCCUGGUUAGACCAAAGCCAUUGCUUAUGAAGCUGUUAAAAUCUGUUGGUGCACAAAAAGACACUUACACCAUGAAAGAGGUUAUAUUUUAUCUUGGCCAGUAUAUUAUGACUAAACGAUUAUAUGAUGAGAAGCAACAACAUAUUGUAUAUUGUUCAAAUGAUCUUCUAGGAGAUUUGUUUGGAGUGCCAAGUUUCUCUGUGAAAGAGCACAGGAAAAUAUAUACAAUGAUCUACAGAAACUUGGUGGUAGUCAAUCAGCAGGAACCAUCAGACUCAGGUACAUCUGUGAGUGAGAAUAGAUGUCACCUUGAAGGUGGGAGUGAUCAAAAGGACCCUGUGCAAGAGCUACAGGAAGAGAAACCUUCAUCUUCAAAUUUGGUUUCUAGACCAUCUACCUCAUCUAGAAGGAGAGCAAUUAGUGAGACAGAAGAAAAUUUAGACGAAUUGUCCGGUGAACGACAAAGGAAACGCCACAAGUCUGAUAAUAUUUCCCUUUCAUUUGAUGAAAGCCUGGCUCUGUGUGUAAUAAGGGAGAUAUGUUGUGAAAGAAGCAGCAGCAGCGAAUCUACAGGGACUCCAUCAAAUCCGGAUCUUGAUGCCGGUGUAAGUGAACAUUCAGGUGAUCGGCUGGAUCAGGAUUCAGUUUCAGAUCAAUUUAGUGUAGAAUUUGAGGUUGAAUCUCUUGAUUCAGAAGAUUAUAGCCUUAGUGAAGAAGGACCAGAACUCUCAGAUGAAGAUGAUGAGGUAUAUCGAGUUACUGUGUAUCAGGCAGAGGAGAGUGAUACAGAUUCAUUUGAAGAAGAUCCUGAGAUUUCCUUAGCUGACUAUUGGAAGUGUACUUCAUGCAAUGAAAUGAAUCCUCCCCUUCCACCACAUUGCAACAGAUGUUGGGCACUUCGUGAGAAUUGGCUUCCUGAAGAUAAAGGGAAAAAUAGAGGGGUUAUCUCGGAAAAAGCCAAACGAAACUCAACACAAGCAGAAGAGGGCUUUGAUGUUCCAGAUUGUAAAAAAAACAUGAAUGAUUCCAAAGAGUCAUGUCUUGAGGAAAAUGAUGAUAAAAUCACACAAACCUCCCAGUCACAAGAAAGUGAGGACUAUUCUCAGCCAUCAACUUCUAAUAGUAAUUAUAGUAGCCAAGAAGACGUCAAAGAGUUUGAGAGGGAAGAAACACAAGACAAAGAAGAAAAUAUGGAAUCUAGCUUUCCUCUUAAUGCCAUUGAACCUUGCGUGAUUUGCCAAGGUCGACCUAAAAAUGGUUGCAUUGUCCAUGGCAAAACAGGACAUCUUAUGGCAUGUUUUACAUGUGCAAAGAAGCUAAGAAAAGGAAUAAGCCCGCCAGUAUGUAGACAACCAAUUCAAAAUGUGCUAACUUAUUUCCCCUAG